UGUGCCGCUAUGCUGCUGCUGGUUUGCGGUGUCUGAGCCACAGGUUUGCGAUGUUCUGCGGUAAACUAAACAUGCACAUGAACGUUCAGAGUGGAAAAUGGGAACCAGAUCCUUCAGGAAGCAAGGACUUGCUUUCAGACCAAUGAAGAGAUCCUGCAGUACUGCCAGGAGGUGUAUCCUGACUUUCAGAUCACAAACGUGGUGGAAGCUAAUCAGCCAGUGAGCAUCGACAACUGGUGCAGAAUGGGGAAGAAGAAUUGUAAGGGGCACAACCACAUUGUCCUACCCUACAAGUGCUUGGUGGGGGAUUUUGUCAGUGACGUACUUCUGGUUCCUGAGAAAUGCAAGUUCUUCCAUAAGGAGAAGAUGGACGUGUGUGAGAGCCACCAGCACUGGCAGAACGUCGCUCGCGAGGCUUGUAUGACUGAAGUCAUGGUCCUCCACAGUUAUGGAAUGCUGCUUCCAUGUGCUGUCGACCAGUUCCGCGGCACAGAAUACGUCUGCUGCCCUCAGGCUAAGAAGAUAGAGGAACCUCUUUCCAAAGAGGAGGAAGAGGAGGAGGAGGAUGAAGAGGAUGAAGACGACUAUGACUCUUUUAAGAGCGAGUUCCCUACUGAGGCUGAUGUGGAGGACUUCACAGCUGCAGUGGAGGAUGAGGAGGAGGAGGAGGUGGAGGAUGAAGACUAUGUUGUGGGUGACGGAGAUUAUGAUUACAACAACUACAAGGACGAGGACUACAACAAGGAGACUACCACAGAGCCAAGCAACGGCAAGACGCUUUCCAACAAGGAGAUCAUUUCAGACGUGAAAGGUGAAGCCCGUAGCCCUGGACCCUGCCUUCUCUCUAUAGGACUCCUUCUGACCUAG